AACGAUAGCAAAGGAACGUGACACAAAGACUUCCAUUUAAACAGUAUCUGGGCUGUUUAACAAACAUACAUCGAAAAUUUGUUUAUGAUUUGGUUACAUGGUACAUUUUAUUGCAGUAUUUUGAAUACACUGGAUGCAACCAAUCAAAACCCGGCACCGAAAAACAAACCGGCUUCUGAUUGGUCCACUGGCUCAGCACCCCAUUCCCGGCUACGCAGCAGCGAACCGAGCAUGCGCAAAACCACCGUAACGCACAAAAACACGUGCAGGCAAAGCGGAAUGUUGUUUCUGUCUGCUUUCAGCAAACACGCCGUUGCUACGGUUGCUCAAGACAUAGUAAAUCACGUGACCAUUACAAAUAGUCAACCCAGAGGGAACGUUUAUGUGUUAUUACACUACAGACAGAGUAGUUUGACUUACUGGAAUGAAUGACGUUUGUACGUUAGGAACUUAAGAUGUGUCGUAUAUCGUACAGGUGCGAAGAUGAAACCAACAUGAUCAGCGCCGAUGGCCCCUCCAUCAAGCGCGAGGAGCCCCGGCACACCGGGAAAACGAAAAGGUUAUCGCCAGAAAUGCUGCACCUUACGUUCGCUGUCUCCGUGUGGCUGGUGACGGGCACCACCAUAUCCAGCCUAAACAAAUGGAUAUUCGCCGUGUACAACUUCAGGUACCCACUUCUCCUGUCAGCUCUACACAUGCUGACGGCGAUAGUGGUGGACUACGGACUAAUCAAAUGCAGGUUGGUCCAGCACAGAGGGAUCGGUGAGCAGGAUUUGACCACCAAUGCCAAAUGCAAAGUAUUUCUGCUGAGUUUGACCUUCUGUGCCAGUAUCGCGUUUGGGAACGUGGGACUGAAUUAUGUUCAGCUUUCAUUCGCGCAGAUGAUCUACACCACCACGCCGCUCUUCACGCUGGCCAUAUCCACGCUGAUUUUGGGAAAGCAGCACCAUAUUUUGAAGUACACGGCUAUGAUGCCCAUCUGCCUCGGGGCAUUAUUCAGUAUUAUGGGCGAAGUCCAGUUUGACCAGAUGGGCUGCUUCUUUGUGUUCGCCGCCACUAUGUUGCGAGGUGUCAAAACUGUUCAACAAGGCAUCUUACUCCAAGAGGAGAAGAUCAACUCUAUCUUCCUACUGUAUUUGAUGUCCAUCCCCAGUUUCUGCAUCCUAGCCAUAGCGGCUCUGGCUUUGGAAAACUGGGCUGCGCUGAAGUCCCCUUUCCAGUACGACCAUAACCUCUGGGGAUUCAUUUUACUCAGCUGCCUGGGCUCAGUGCUGUACAACCUGGCCAGCUGUUGUGUCAUUACCCUGACCUCCGCUGUCACCCUACACAUCCUGGGCAACCUGAAUGUGGUGGGCAACCUUCUGCUGUCUCAGCUGCUGUUCGGUAGUGAGCUGACAGCUCUCAGCUGCGCUGGAGCCGCCCUCACCCUCUCUGGCAUGGUCAUGUACCAGAACUCAGAGUUUAUCGUUGCUUAUUUUGAUGGACGUAGAGCAAGGACACGAACCGCAAACGGUGAAGGAGAAAUAGGAUGUUCCAGGGAAACCGAUUCAAUGCUAACUCCAGAACCUACUUCCGAAACACUUCAGGAACUUGAUGAGAGGACAGAUAACCAGAUUCAUGAGAAAACAGACUGAAGGCAUUCAACACAAUAUAUGAGAUCUGGUGUAAGCUGACAGUGUAUGGUCUACAUAAGGAGCAUGCUAAAAAGUUUUUUUUUCUUUUCAAAAUGACAUUAAAUUUGAUAUAUUUUA